GCUGAAUUUUGUCGCGUCGAGGAAGUAUACCACUUUCUUUGUUCGUCGAAGUUGGUUCUGAUCCACUUUAUUGAAGAUCUCCUGCAUUGUAAGGUAAGAUCUUUCUUUUAGAUAGCUUAGCUGUGUAAGGUAAAUUUACAAUCUUGCCUAACAACACAAAAUUACUAGCACGCAACAGACGCAAUGAUGUAUGCCAUCAGUGAUUCAGGCACGUAGAAGUUCUUUCCUCGUUGAUUUGACUCGUGCAUGCAUCUACAGAAAUAAACCACUAAGAAAAACAUGUGUAUACUCGGCAAGAUUAUUCAGAAGGAGAGUAGUAGUCUCCCUCAGUCUAUCAAAGCGAAAAAUUUGGAUAAUACAUUGUUCGAGGUUGCUAAUUACAUAAGCUUAAUUUGUGCUGAACGUCUGGGCCAUUUGAUUGUACUACAGUUAAAGCAUUCCACCUUCCAGCCAAGAGGGAAUGCCCAAAACACUCUUGGACUGUAACCUUUAUUUUCUUACUUUUAUCAUGGUACUUAAACAACUGUGGCAAUUACAACCAUUUUGGGAUUAAUUAGUGAGUCAUUCAUGGCUUCCCGCUUGGGGUAAUCCUAGGAAUCCCUGUUGUAUAAUUUAAAGCCCGCUUUACAUGACAAACUCUUCAAUACGGCACCCCUGUACAUAGCCUGAGUAAACAGUCAACAUUUCAUGGCAACACCAGUGGUUUACUCACUAAGUGAGGGGGGCGUAAGGGGGGUCCGAAAACCGCAAAACCGCAGAGAAAUAUGCCAAAAAACCGCAAACCGCAUCAGAUAUUUUCCCAAAUACCGAAACCGCGCGUACAUGUUGGCCACAAUAUGAAAGCUGACGUCAGCAAGACUUGUGAUAUAUUCUGAUAACAUUGUGCGUUAGUAUUAAACAUACCAUCAUAAGGCUAACGAUAUAUUGUACUACUCUAUUAUACUCUGUUUACUACUAACCAAAUGCCGAGUAUGCUGGUCAUGUACUUGAACGAGUAUUGAUAUCUCCCUUGACUUUGAAAAACUCUGUCACUGAUCCUGUGCGUCUUACAUUGGGUGACUGAUUACUUUGGACGACCCUGUGCUAGUUGUGGAACGCGGAAUAAAUGUUUCUUCUUGAAUUGUGACCUUCUUGUCUCGUAAAGAGUUCAUGUUCAGUGGAGAAGAGGAUUGUUAAAGCGUACAGCUCCUCUGAAAUUCUCCCCUUCCCUUCCUUCUUCACACAAGAUUGCCACGCAACCAAUUUCAUUUUUAGCAGGACGGAUAGUGAUAUCCAAAUCUCGAAGAAUGGAUUGCAGCUUAACCCAUUCGCUCCUGGAGAUUUUGCCCAAGAACGCGUUUUGAAGCUAGUCGAGUGGUUUUCUGGUCACUGUCGUGCUAUAAAGAGCUAAAACGUACCACAAACCGGUUUACAGGUCGUACACUGUCUGGCGGCCUUCUGAUCCAGAGGCAAAAUAUCAGCUUGCGAAGUUCGGGCAUGCGCAGAAAGCAAAAUUUCGUGAUAGUUUUGGGGUUUAAAAGGGACACAGCAGUCUUGACUUUGACUUUUCGCUUUCUCUCCUCCCUUCUUUUUUCGCUUUUCUUGCCUCAUUUUUUUUUUUCUCUUGCUGGGCAUUUAGUAGGCUUCAUUUUGGUGGGAAGAGUUUUUAGGAAAGCUUUUAGGAUCUUAGGAUUAGGUGAAAGGAAAGGUAGGUGGGUAAUGGAACAAGAUUUUCAUGGAGAUUUUCAGGUCCUCGUCACGUGGAUUUUUGCUUCUUUCUCUGGUGUCCUUGACUGAAUUGUGCUCAUUCUGGUAUGGUUUGAAAGAUCUCUUCACUCUGCACAAGUUAGCGAAGAAAGUUGUCCUUGACCGUUAAAACUGAUGACGUCACAAAGGGUAGAAAGGACCUGGAUCCGCACGGGCGGUUACGGGCGGUUCAGGGGCGAAUGGGUUAAUCAAAAAACCUAAAAAUGGCCUUUUACCAACUUUUUCACCUGAUUUUACAUGAAAUAGACAGAUUUGGUUGUUUUAUGCUGAAAAGUGGAUUUUUUUCAAAAAGCUUGGUACUCUGCUUAACCCAUUCGCUCCUGGAGAUUUUGCCCAAGAACGCGUUUUGAAGCUAGUCGAGUGGUUUUCUUGUCACUGUCGUGCUAUAAAGAGCUAAAACGUACCACAAACCGGUUUACAGGUCGUACACUGUCUGGCGGCCUUCUGAUCCAGAGGCAAAAUAUCAGCUUGCGAAGUUCGGGCAUGCGCAGAAAGCAAAAUUUCGUGAUAGUUUUGGGGUUUAAAAGGGACACAGCAGUCUUGACUUUGACUUUUCGCUUUCUCUCCUCCCUUCUUUUUUCGCUUUUCUUGCCUCAUUUUUUUUUUUCUCUUGCUGGGCAUUUAGUAGGCUUCAUUUUGGUGGGAAGAGUUUUUAGGAAAGCUUUUAGGAUCUUAGGAUUAGGUGAAAGGAAAGGUAGGUGGGUAAUGGAACAAGAUUUUCAUGGAGAUUUUCAGGUCCUCGUCACGUGGAUUUUUGCUUCUUUCUCCGGUGUCCUUAACUGAAUUGUGCUCAUUCUGGUAUGGAUUGAAAGAUCUCUUCACUCUGCAAAAGUUAGCGAAGAAAGUUGUCCUUGACCGUUAAAACUGAUGACGUCACAAAGGGUAGAAAGGACCUGGAUCCGCACAGGCGGUUACGGGCGGUUCAGGGGCGAAUGGGUUAAACGUAACUAAAACUACAUCGACUAUGGAGAACUGCGAUGUGACUCAGUCAUGACUGCUCGUGAAUUUUAACUACCGCUUGUUUUUCUGGAGAUAAUGUGAGUCUUUGGACUGGAGUGCAUAGUUCCUCCCUUGGUGAUAACUUUUGAAAAAGGUUACAUUUGUAACAGCCUUGCGACUGUUCUGUUAUUCCCACUUUGUGAUCAAGCAAGACCAUGGUUUCGGUUCUCCACGUGAACCUCAUCAGUUGCCGGGUUGGCUUUCUUCUUAGUUGCUGCUACAAGAGCAACUCUAGUUAUUUGUUCUGUGCUGUUAUUUGUUCUGCUCUAGUUAUUUGUUCUGCAAAUUGUGAUUAUGUCAAGCAUUGAUAGCGGCUGGCGCGUUGUUGACAGAUGUUGACAGAUUUCCAUAGAAGAGCCAAUCAGAGUUUUGCAUUGUGAGAGCGACGCAUUAGUUCCAAAGCUUGGGCUUUGUCUGUAGUCCCUCAUUUUUCUCUCUCCCCGCCGCGUGUCGCCUUUUCUCGCAUGGGUGAUUUUCACGCGUGCCCGUGUUUCGCUCGCUCUACUAUCCCUGAGGAAAAUGGGGACUACUCGUAGUCUACAGUACCAAGAGAAACUCAAGCAUCAGUGACAGCUAUUUAUAUGAUACCUAAGCGGCUUCCAUCUCAGAACUCAAGGGUGCAAAAUGCAAACUUGUGCCACAAAUUUCAAUUCAGUCAUUUUAAUUUAAGGUGCACGGUGAACUUCCAUUUUGCUCGAUGAAGCAGUCUUGAGAGCAAAAAAAUUGAAUGAGAGAUGGGUAAAGGUACACGGAAUAUGGGAGUUUUGAAAAAGGCAAACACAAAUGAAUAACACAUAAUGUGCGCGGAGGUGCGAAAAUCUAUUGAGUUCAGCUUACCUCAAGCUUAAGUGUUCUACAUCUCUUGGAGAGAGAAAUUAUUCAUCCCUGUAAAAGCGUCAAAUCUUUCGCUUUCUCCUUUUAAGCCCAGCUGUUCUCAAAUUCCUAGCGCCACACAGUUAUUCCUAACUUUGAAACUUUGUAACUUUAUUUGAUUUACCACAAAAUACAAAUAACGAUCUCCUCUUGAUCUGGCCCGACAACGAAAACAACUACACCGGGCCCAAAUUUCCACAUGGUGACUCGGGAUGUCGAGGACGGCAGCAAACCAUGUUGAAGAGCAUUUUGACAAUCACUCCGAUGAUAAAAUGCAGUAAAUUUGAAAUGAAUAUGCAAUAAAGGAAAAAUGCAGAUUUUUAACGAAGAAAUUGACGAGAUAUCUUCGGGUAAAAGACAAAUUUCUUAACAUCUCAAGUGUCAAAUCUAAGAUGAGGUCACAACAUGGUCGCGCGUUUGUUGCACGUUUUCCGCUCUAACUUUUGAUUGGCGCAUAGAACAAUGCUGAAACUUGGCCGUGAGGUAUAGGACAGGGGAAUGGGGAAAAUAAAGCUAAAAAAAGUAUUUUUUGUCGCGUUUCUCACUGUUUUUUCUUCGGUGAUUUUCGAAUUUCGGCCAAUCAGAACAAUUGAUUUAAUUGAAAUUAAUGAUUAAAAGUUUGCACCUUUUAAUUACUUUUGCCGUUUACGUGCCUACCUCUUACACGGACAAUUACUUAAUAGGAGCUACCACACUGAUAGAGAGCCAGUCGGUUGUACAGGUACAUGUAUAAAUAUUUUCACCCAACAUUGCAGUGAUCAUCAGUUUUUAUCUUGGAACUAUGGAGUUUGUUGCUUCCCUUGGUAAUUUUGCUUGACUUUCCAGUGACUGUCUCUGUUUUAGCCUUUUGCUCUGGAAUUUAAUUAGUACAUUCCACAAUCAAUCUAAAAACAGAAGACAAAAUAGCUCCUAUUAAAAGUGCAACACAAGCUGAUAUAUUUUUCCCUUCUACCUGUUGUUCUACAAUUUUCUUCUCAUCAGUGACUGUGAAAUAAAUUAUACAAUGCUCUUCUAUUCCAAUUUCUGGACUGUUUCUCACUUGUUUUCUUUGAGAAAGACUCUCCUUUACAUCCCAGACUCAACAAAUUUGCUGGUUGAAUUGACUGCAAAGCAACUCACAAAGCAAAGGGAGCUGCAAGCCCCAUUAAAGGCUGGAAACUUGGCAUGAAACUAAUGCACCGCUGUGGCUUUUGAUUGGAUGUAUAAUUUUUCUUACACAUGAAAAUACAAUCAUUCGCAAUUAUUCUGAUUAGACAUAUCAUUUUUCCAUGUGUGUAAAACGUUGUUAGCUCAGGAGACCAGUAUAAAGAUUGUAAAGGCUUCUAUGUCCAUUAGUGAUGGUUUUGAUUACAAAGGGGAGACUAAGUCAUCUGACACUGAGCUAUUAUUUCAUUGUUUCUGUGCUUACUCAUUCAACAGUAGUCACGCUCAACUAAUGUAACAUAUGACAUAACAUUGCAUAACGUGACAUUAUUUUCCUCUGUGCAUGUUAAGUGUCUUAAACCAACUACUGCAGUUUUAAGUGCAAACAGUACCAUCCCUCUCAACAGAGUGGCACCAUAAUCCUGUUCCCCCUUCCAGCCCACAAGAUUUCGGUACUUUUUUAUGCAUUUUCACAUAUUUCUGCAAAAACCUUAGAUACAACUUCAAAUAUUGCCCCACUUAAUUAAGGACACCUAUGUCACUAAUAUAAGCAGUCCAGGCUUCCCUGUGAGGUGUCUUUGGUCCUAAUGUCACUAUUGGAUUAUUUUUUACUCAUAAAUAUCAGAUGGUGAGUGAACUACAUUGUCUUUGAACAGUUUAGAAAUCAUAGUGCAAAUCUCCUUUUAAGCUGGGCGUAAUUGUAACGCUUAACUAAUGUUUCUGUCUAUCUUCAUUGUCUUUUUUAAUAGUCUUAUAUAGCUUUACUGUUUUGUUUGUUUGUUUUUUUUUACAUAUCUUUUAAACCACUGUAAUUGGCUUUUAAUACUGCUGUUGUGGUAUUCUUGCCUAAUUAAGCAGUUAUUCUUCUUUGUUUUCAGUGCAUAUUAAUUUAUCCUUUAUUUUUAUUAUUAUCCUUUAUUUUUUUUCUCUCUGUGGUUUUUAUCACACUAUGGGCAAAGCUAAUAAAAUAAACUAUAAUAUAAUAAUGUCUUUGGUUAAAUUUAGGCUUCUUGUCAUGUCACUGACCUAUCAAAAUUCCUUCUCUACUGCCUCAAGUAUUGGGAGUUACCUUUUUUGCUUAAAAAUGUCUCAAAGUCAUAAUUUCACUUAUCAGUGGUGACAUACCUUAUCACCAAAGUUGUCCAAACUGUUGGAAAAAAAGGGUUGACUUGGUAAUGGCCUUAAGAACCAUGUUAGGGGAAUGGGGUGGCAUUCAGACCCUUUGUUGUCCUGGAGUUAAUCCUGCAUAAUGUGCAUAACUUGCAGCUGUAGGUAAAUUGAGACUCUUACAGGAUACAGCUUUUGUAAUGUCACGUACAUGCAUGGGGUUAGUAAUCUAACUUGUGGGAAACUGGGGGAAAUCCAUCCGAGUUCAGACCAGAGUAAUGUCUUUGCUUAUUAACUGAGUGUCCAAAACUGUGUUGGCACCAAAUGACUGCCUGUAGAGCUACUACAUGUGCGCACUUAGUUUAGGUUUUCAAGAAAAUAAUGUUGAAUAGUUAGAAAGUAGCUUGGGCAAAUGGGCGACAUUUCGCGACACCAUCACUGGUUUCAUUGCAAAAUGAUGUCGUGAAAUUAGUAUGUAUAAUCAAAUGGUGACGAGUGAAAUUAGGGAAUAAUUUCACUCGGGUUUUGUCUAAAUCCUUUUAAUUUCCUGAGCCUUUAGGCGAGGGAAUUUAUUAGGAUUAUUUUUAGACAAAACGCGUGUAUUAUUAUUGCCUGGUUAAUUUUCACGAGUGUACCAUUUGAUUACCUAUUAAUAUCAUGGGUGACGAAUUACGUUAGCUAUCUUCCUGGAUUUUUGACAUGUUUAUCCUGGAUCAUAUCGAUCGAGAACUCCUGCACUCUGUCGAACAUUUAGAGCUUAAAUUUGGCUUAAGUUCAGAGUUUUUUGACAAAAUACCUCUUAGAAUCCUUCUUGAUGUGCUCUUUCGUGUGUUCAAGUUUUCUAAAGCAUCUUUUUGUGCCCUGAUAUCUUCAUUCAUGACAUUUUAAAACUUCGUCGCCAUCUUGACACUGAGAUGUACGUUAGGUUGCCAUGGCAAUUUUGUAAUUUCACAUGUGAAAUUACAUAUAUUAACGCUGAAAUUUUGCACCAGAAUUAAGGAGUAAUUCGUCACCUAUGAUAUUUGUGCAGAAAUUCCGUACUGAUAACAUGUCAAUACUCAAAUCUGGUAGUGCUUUUUGAUUGGUUGAGGCAAACUUUCAGCCAAUCAGACCUACUACCCACCAGUAUGGAAUUUUCAUCCUCAUUUCCCAGACGUCAUUUUUCAGGGAAACCAGUUUUGGCCUCGUGAAAUGUUGCCUAUUUUCUCAGGCUGUUAUAAGAAAGGGUGGAAAUGAUUACAUGAAUGUAUUUUUAAUAGUUUGUAUAACCUCCAUCCUUCCUUUGUACAGUGGAACCCUGCCUUAUGGUUACCUCAGUAACACGGUCACCUCGUUAUUAUGGCCGCUUUUUUUCACGGGCUAUACAUUUCCUUAUAAAGAAAACCCCAUUAACGUGGUCACCCGUUAAUAUGGCCAAUGGCCACAUUUUGAAAUCCCAAACAAUGGAAUCUCUUAUAAUUUCACCCUGUUAAUACAGCCACUUGAUCAAAAUUUAAAAAAUUUUAAUUUUUUAAAUUGCCUGUGACAAGUCAAUUUUAUUGACCUAGUACUCUGAGCCUGUUCUUGUACUGUUUUUAGACUACAGUACACAUAAAGUGCACUUGUUGCGAUUUUAGCAGUGUUUUAUGUACUGAAGGAAAAUUUUAAGUAGUUUUUUCAAUCACUGUACGUGAUAUCUACAUUCCGACUGUUUAUUAAUGACAACAGUUGUUCAAGAAAUGCGAAUGCGAUGUACGGUGUAUUUGUCAUUAUAGGGCCCUCAAGUCAUGAAAUUUGAGCCUGCCCCGAUAAUAUGGCCACCCCGUUAAUAUGGCCAAACUUUUUUGACUCAUUGGUGACUGUAUUAACGGAGUCCCACUGUACAGUCUUGCUAAUAUUAGAUGCUUAGCCCUGCAUAACAUACCACUCCUAUGGCUUAUAUGUUAAUGCUGAGUAUUGCAAAGAUUUACUAUGAAAAUAGAAGUAAAAAUAAACUUAAAAAUAAUUAUUGUUUAACAAUUUUUUUGUUAUGAAUUCACAGAAAUUCCAUCUCAGUGCAAGUGAUGCAUUCUGGGCUUAAUUUUGAAUGUAAAAAUAAUCUGGAGAAUCUGAAUUGGAAUGUACCUGGUUCUUUGUCAUUAAGUUAAAGUUUCUUUCCUUUUUUUAACUACACUUUGGUUAUGAAAGACCAUGCACAUAAAGGUGACAAACAUUAACAUUACCUUCACAACUGCCACAUCUAUUUAAUUGUACAUUUGUUAUGGUUCCUUAUCCUACUAUCCUACGCACUAUUGGUUUGAUUCCUUUCAGAAUCUCUCUUUUUAUUAAUUCCAUGCUUUGCUGAUGUAACUUCCUUUGUGUAGUUUGUGAUGCCUUUGUAUGAGCAAGCCAACUUAAAAGUCAUUACUUGUGUCCAGAGAUUGGAAAUAAUUCGGUGACUGUUUUUUUCAUGGUGAUGAUAAUGAUGAUGAUGAUGAUGAUGAUUUAAUUUUUCUCAUUAUUUUUCAUUUUAUUUGUUUAUUUUGGCCUGUAGUACAAACCAGACACAACUUUAACUCUUCUCAGUGUACGUGUGAGGGUAAAUACUCUGUCCUGAAUCUUUUUUUGGUUGUUGGUUUGUUGUUUUUUUAGUAAUGUAGCCUGUAGGUGUAUUGUAAAAUGUGAAGGUGUUGUAAAUAAUUGAGAGAAAAAACCUGGAUUUUAAGUACUUUAUAUUGGGCACAGUUAUUAUUAUUCCAUCUGACUUAUUCCAUAUGACGUCAUAUAGACGCUUGCGUUUAGGCGAGGAUUAAGGCUAGUGGACACUUUGUGAUGUCUAUCAUGAGGGGCAUGAAUCUCAUUAACUUGCAAUCCUGGACAGAUAGUCAAAGCACAAAGGGAAGUCACCAUUUGAACACUUACUAGUGAUAAAUUUUUUGUAAUCGUUUUCUAUGUUUUGUUUUCUUUUAGGUGUUUAGCCAUUCUGAUCAUGCUUGGAAAUGGCAUCUUUUCCGGAAAGAUCCCGCAGAGUGCAAGUCACCAUUUUGGCCUCUGAAUGGGGAUCGAGCAAAGGAGGACUGUCCACCAUAAGCAGAGAAUUAGCCAUUCAGUUCGGCAGAUGCCCUCAUCAAGUGAAAAUCACUUUCUUUCUUCCAAAAUGCAGUCAAGAGGAUAAAAAAUUAGCCCUCCAACACAACGUAAAGAUCGUUGAGGCAUCGCCCCUACCUGGCUUUGAAGAACUGGACUGGCUUAGCUUUCCACCAGAACAUUUACAAAUAGAUGUAAUCGUUGGUCAUGGAGUUAAACUCGGCAAACACGCACAAAUCAUUAAAAAACGUAAGAAUUGCAAAUGGAUCCAAGUCGUGCACACAGACCCAGAAGAACUAGGAAUGUUUAAGAACUAUUCCAACCCCAUAUCCAAGGGUGAAGAGAAACAUAGAACAGAGGUAGAGUUGUGUGAAAUGGCGGACCUCGUUCUAGGAGUUGGACCCAAGUUGAGUGAGGCCUUCCGUUCAUAUCUUCGAGGCUGCGGAAAAGAUAAAAGCGUAGUGGACUGGACUCCUGGAGUAUUUGAAGAGUUUUUAAGCGUGAGACAGGUUGGGGAAGAAAGAACACAACGCACUGUCUUGGUGUUGGGUCGUGGAGAUGCAGAGGAUUUCGAACUAAAGGGAUUUGACAUCGCUGGCAAAGCCGUUGCAGCAUUAGAAGAUACUCGCCUUGUGUUUGUCGGCGCCCCAGAUGGAAAACGCGAAGAAAUAGCGAAGCGGUUAACCCAAUGUGGUGUUCCUGCAAGUCGCUUGAGAGUAAGAGGAUUUAUGGAGGACCGAGAGAGUUUAAAGCGCUUGUUUCCGGAAGUGGAUCUUGUAGUCAUGCCUUCACGAACGGAGGGCUUUGGGUUGGCAGGACUUGAGGCCCUGUCAGCUGGUCUCCCUGUGCUUGUCAGCUGCAACUCGGGGUUUGGAGAAGCACUGCGCAGUGUACCAUUUGGUUCGUCCUUUGUAGUUGACUCAGCGGACCCCACCGAUUGGACCGCAGCCAUCACUAAAGUCUGGGCCAAGGGCAGAAAAAGUCGACUUGAGGAAGUGAAAACUUUGCGCGAUUCGUACGGCAAGAAAUUUAACUGGGCCAAACAGAUGAGAGAUGUUCUUAACAAGAUGAUCAGCUGGACUCACGGUAUGAAUGUCAAAUUAAGUUUAUUUUCAUAGUGUUUUAAUUCAAGCAGUAUGACCAUGCCUAGUGAUAAUGAUAACUUAAGUGAUGAUAUUUAACAGUUAAUGAAUGAGGCUGAGUAUCUUAUGAAGAAUUAUGGAGAUCGAGGAGGGUGUUAUCCGUCGAGGCCGUAGGCCGAGGCGGAUAACACCCUCCUCGAUCUCCAUAAUUCUUAUAUGAUACGAAAGCCGAAUUCAAUAACUGUUUUAUUAUUCAUUCAAAAUAAUUCCUAGUUUAAAAACAUAGCUAAAACAUGCUUACCUCCAUCGAUCCAUCGAUGUUCAGUUCAUCUUCGAUAGUGUGCGUUUAGGUUUGUCCAGCUCCGCAAAUAUUCUCCAAAUGGCAGAUGUCGCCCUUCGAGUUGUCUUCUUGCUGUUCUCGCCAUGUUUUUAGCUAUUUUUUCGGCUAGUUCUUACUCUCGAAACGAGUGAAAUGUCCGCUAUUUUUUCAAGUUCACAACCAAAACAACUCAACCUCGUCCCCAGGUCUUCUCGGUUAACGGUGCCUUAACCUGCGAAAACGCUGCAUUUUUGACGUCAUUUCCUCGUUAACGUCAAAAUUCUUCCAAAUUUGGUCAUCAGUACCUGCUUAUGGUGAUUAAAACGCGUGCUUUUAGUCAAUCAGAAUCGGGGAAAUAUUUUGAAUGAAUAAUAAUCUAACUUAAGUGAUGAUAUUCUAACUUAAGUGAUCAAAUUGAAUCAAUACAAAAGAGGGCGCUAAAAAUUAUUUUUCCUUCUCUAUGCUAUGAGGACGUGCGUAAGAAAUCAGGCUUAAUUUUGCUGCGCCAGGGGAGGGAGGAUGCGUGCAUAACAUUUCUCAAGCGAAGUUACUCUUCUUCCAACCUGCUACGAAGCUUAGUGCCGCGAGUUGCGCACACAAGACCGUAUGCCCUUUUCUGUGCCUGCCUCCUCAAGAACUAACAGAUUUGGAAAUUUUUGCACCAUCAAAUACCAGAAUCACGUUUAAAAUAGCGAAAUGUGAUAUCUUAACAUUAACAGUUAUAUUUACGUGUCAUAAUUCCGAAGUAUUUGUAUGUAACUAAUGACCCGCCUUGUAAUUCAGUUUAUGCUGCAAAAAGGUUGAAUAAACGAUCAUUAUUAUUAUUAUUAUUAUGGCAGCAAAUUUUAGUUUUCUUACUCACAGUCCAGAAAACAAGAAACCUGAGCGUUUUUACUCUUUCAUACUUUCUUUAAAAGACAACAAUCUUGUCCUUUUUUCUGCGGUGGAUUUUUCAAAUGUCCAGAGCUUCGCCGAAGCGAUAGGUGGAACUGUUGUAUCUUCUCACCUGGCUUCACAGGGUACACGAGGCACGACAGAAAAACAUGCAGGUAACCUCUACAUCUAAUGCGUGAUCGGAAUAAACAGCGUCGGCGAUUCCUCUUCCGAUGAUGUUUUUAAGGUGGCUUACUACAGUUUUUUGGAUGAAAACUAACGACUUUUUCAAACUGGAACAUUUUUACUGAACUGUUUUUUUUUUCACUGUACUGAACUGUUUAUUACAAGAAUUCAUGGUAAUUAUCAUUGUACCUCCUAAAAACAUUUUAUUGCAUAGUAUAACGCAAAAUAUAGUGACCGAGCAUCCAAAAGGGGACUGGUAACUAGACCUUUAAAGGGCUUUUUUUUUAAAGAGUAGCCGUAUGACCUGUUCAAAUUUUUAGGAUUGUUAGGGAACAUAAAGACGAAAGCGUGAACGUUUUUUUAAACAAAUCCAGGGAGUUUUUAGUUAUUAUAAAAUGCGACAAAAUUCCACAUUUUUGGCUUUUGCCAAAAUUCAGUCAAUAGGAUUUCUUUCUUUCUCUCUAAAAAGAAUUAUUUCUAAGUACUAAAUAAACCCUGAAAUUUUCAGAUGGGGUCGUACGGCUAGUUUCUAAUAGAAGAGUCACCGUUUCAAGCCUAUAAUAGCUAUCCAGCCAUAGAGCUAAUUCCUAGUCUUUUGAUAAGAGGAUCUAGAGUAGAAAACUUGGUGGCGUUCACAACGAUAGUAACUUAAUUUUGCAGUGAUUUAAAAUGUCUCAUGGACAUUUACUGCUAAUUCAUGGUCGGUUACGCGAUUACGGUUUCUUACUCUCUGUAAGGAAUGCAUUAAUAACGGUUCUCAACUUGAGGGCGCAGAGCGCAAACUCAAAGAGAUGAUCCAGGGGUGGAAUCAUAAAGAGCUUAAAGAAUUUACCGCCGAGAAAGGAAUUAGAUGGCAGUUUAUUACGCCUGGAGCACCGCAUCAAAAUGGUUGCUCAGAAGCGUUCGUUUAAGGCCCCAAGAAAGCCCUAAAGAAAGCAAUUGGUGAACAAGUCCUGACCCCAUUUGAAUUAUACACCUGUUUACUGGAAGUGGCUAACCUGAUGAAUCAACACCCCAUUGGUAGAAUUCCUAAUGACUCGGAUGGUGUAACAAGGACCGUUCAGAGAAACCAGGAACCCAUGGCAUAGAGUCGAAUUCGUACAGAAGAUAGUGGACACCUUCUGGAGACGUUGGACCCGAGACGUGUUCCCGUCAUUGGUCCCCAGAAAGAAGUGGAAUGCUGAUAAGCGCACUGUGAGAGUGGAUGACAUAGUCAUCAUGGAAGCAUGGAAACUGGACCAUCGGAAGAAUCAUCAAUGUCUGCCCAGGAAAGGAUGGCAGAGUUCGAAAUGUAAAAAUCAAGACGUCAACCUCGGAGUAUAAAAGGCCUAUCACAAAGAUUGUGAUCAUUUGCCCAGCAGAAGGAUACGAGGACUGUUGUAGUUUAGGAUGAGGACACUGCCCUCAUCGAGGCGGAGAAUGUUAACGUAGUUUUGUUUUGGACUAUGCAAGGAAUUCAUAGUUAAGGAAUUUGCGGUAGCCUCGUACACGCCCAACAGGAAACUCUACUAGUAGAUAAACCUCAACUUUAAUUAAGCAGUUUAGUUUUAUGCGAUAUCUGAAUUGGACAUGUUUCAUGUGAUUUUCUGCUUACCUGUUACACUGUUUCAUGGUUAUCCCGAUCAAGGAAAGUUAAGAAAACUCCAUAGACUAGUAAGUUUAUGAUCAAUGUUAUAAUAUUGUCAAUCAUUUUGGUUUUGUUAGUUUUAAGAGGAUUUCAUGAGUUUUUGCAUAUUGACGACCAGUGACCGCAUGGCAUAAUGAUUGUUAAAAGUUUACAUCAGUUAUUCCCGCUUCGCUCGUUUUAAUUGUUUCAUUUAUUACCACUUGAUUGAGUUAAUUAGAAUACAUUGUACAUAUUAAUUUCAGAUCGAAUAAAAACAUUAUCAUUUAUAUGAUUGCGAGUAUUCUUCAGUAGUGGAUCGUCUUAGUUCUCUUGUGAAACAACUGGUAGCCCAGAUAUCAAAUAACCUCUAGACAACAAAGAUGUGGCCAUGAACAAUAAUAUCAUUCUUUUUGCUUGGUCCAUCACAACAUCUAGCACAUCAUGUUCACUACAGAAAUUCCAUUACAGUCUAAUCUUUUAAUAUUGUUUCACCUCUACACCAAGAUAUUUUCUGUCUGUGGUGAUUUUCUAGAGGUCUGGGAGACCAUAGGAGCUACCUUAUAAUGAGCUACAUGUAUAUAUAAUCUUUAGGGUGUGCCAAUGUGAAAGAUAAAACUUUUCUUAUGGCAAAUAUACAAAAGGUACGGUGAGGUACAAAGGUAAGGUGAGUACUGCAUGGUGACACAGCUUUGCCCCAAAAAAUCAUAAAUCCCCCUCCUCUUUACACUAGGUCAGUGGUUCAAAUGCUCUAGAUGUGACAUACCAUUAGUGGCAAUUAUGAAGUGAAAGAUUUAAAGUAUGACUUAAGUAUAUGUGUGAAGGGUUUGAACCCAGGAGUCAUUUCAAAAGUAGGUUGAGUUUGAUCGUCCGGGUGACCGUGGUCCUGAAUAGGACUGUUGUUGUUGACAGUGACUGACAUUUCGACAACCUGUGCAGUAGUCAUCUUGAGAGUCAAAGUGAGUUGUAUCACGUCAGUUGAUGGUAUUAUACCCUGGUUAUAGAUCUGAUUGGUCAAUUAUGUCAUGAUGUUAUUGGUCGUCUGUCAGUUAAGCCGUGAUGUUAUUGGCUAUGAAGACUCGUAAUCAGUAAUUGGUGCGUUUCGAUCCAUCUAUUGUCACAGUUAAACAGUCGUUUAUUGUUAGUCAAAUUGUCAGUUCUCCAGUCGUUCUCUCGUAGUUAGUUUUGCUGAACGACUGGAGAACUGACAAUUUGACUAACAAUAGACGACUGAAAAGAUAUGGGAAACCACUUCAGAGAAAAUAUAAAUUAAAUUAACGAUGAAGUUAUUUGAUGCACUGAUAUCUCCCAUACUAUUUUAUGCGAGUGACGUAUGGGGGAUUGAUUGCAAUGGACAAUUAGAAAAGGACCCAGCAGAAUAAGUUCAAAAUAAGUUCUUGCAGUGGUCGCUGGGAUUUAAUAAAUACUGCAAUAAUAAUGCAUGCGCGGCUGAGACAGGAAGGUUUCCAAUGAUAAUUGAAGCCCAAUGUAGGAACUUUAAGUUCUGGUUAAAUAUAAGCUUAACCAAAAAUGAAAACAAAUUAUCCCAAAUAGCAUACACUGAGUGAAUGACGUUAAGGAAUGAAAAUAAAGCUUUCUGGAGCAAAAAAUUCAAAAGCUUAUUGGAACAGAUAGGGUUAAGGAGAAUUCUGGAUGAAAGCACAGUAUGUGAACAUUGGAAUCGUAAACAUGAUCAGGCAAUGACUUAAGGAUAUCAAACUACAAAGAUGGCUAAGUGAAAUAAAUAACGACACUAGAAAAGAUGCUAACCAAAGCAACAAAAUGAGAACCUACCGGAUAUUCAAAAUGACCAGGUCACCAAUACGUGACACAGAAUAACUCUAAUUAUAGUGUGACUAAGCAACAUGAAUUUAAAUGCAAUUUAAAGGAGUUAACAACUAAGAGCGCCUGGGUGCCUAGGUCAGCGGUCUUUGGCAUGCGCAUGCCCGGUGGCUGACUACCUUCAUCAUGUGAUUCCUUGGCGCGUUCAGUUUUCCCUUCGUGCUGGGUUCUGUCGCCCAUUUUCUUCGUUUUCCUCGGUGUUUUUCUUCUCUGCGAGCGGUUCGUCACCGUUGUCGUCGAUUUCGCGAACUUUUUUUUUGUUUUUUUUCCGUCUGUUUCUUCGAAGGUUUGGUCCACAUGCCUCACAACACGGUGAACAGCAUGUCGGCUUCGCUUGACCCGUCCGGUCCCGCGUCGUCUCCGAGUGAUGAAUCCGCCCCGUCAACCACAUCAAAUUCCAGUUCUUCAUCCUCCUUUACCUCGUCGCCCUCUUCGGUCUCAAUCUCAGCGGAGAUUCUGACUCAGGCCAUCUCCCAGGCUUUUCAGCAGUCGCUACCUCAGAUGUUGGCGGCCUUUCGGGAGAACGGCGCGCCAUAUUCUACCAGCGGUACGUCAGGCAAUUCCAGCGCGGCCUCUUUCGCGACCAGCGUGCCGUCGACUUAUACAUCGACUUCGACUGCGUGUCGUUCAUCGUCUUUAACAGGUACCGUGACUGUGCCCUCAUUUCUCUCUACUCAUUCGUCUGUUGGCAUUCCCGUGGUUCCUCGUGCUUCUCAGCCGCCCGUCCCGGCGUUGUCUGCACCAUCCUUGUUCGAUUAUUCGUUGGUACCGUCGACCAGCAGCCCGACCGUGGCGCCUUCGGUCGGAAAAGCGUUUGUAGUUGGCCCCGGUUACGCGCCAAUUCCGGGCGAACUGGUGGCCAAGAUAACCAGUGGCGCCUUCGUUGAGCUUGCGAAUCUCCUAGCGGAGAACAUACGCGCCCUAGAGGCCGAGCCUCAUACUUAUUUGGAUGGUAAACUACUUGUUGCUCCUGCCAAAAAAAGGGUGGUAGAGAUAACCGAUAUUCUCACAUGGAUUCAGGCCUUUACCAUUUACCAGUGGAUCUUCUGCUGUACUUACUCUUCUCGCUGGCAGGAUACUACCCAGUAUAAGUUAUUGAUCCUCCAGACGGCUUUUCAGUUUCCUGGGCCAGCUUGGUUGAACUACGACACGGCAUUCAGGAGGGAUGCUGCAGCCUCUCGUUUAGCAGAUUGGUCUAAGAUGAACCUGGAUCUAUACAACUUCCACACUCGUGCGUCCGGCACCGUUACCGGUCAAUCAGCACCUCACUCGACUUCCCUACCCCAUACAUCGGCCUCAUCGAACGUCCCACCCAAGCGUUCCUUCGACCCCAUUCAGUAUUGCCGAUCUUGGAACGAUGGUGCCUGUCGCUGGUCUCUGGGUCAAUGUCGGUACCGUCAUGUUUGCGAACGCUGCGAUGGUCAACACCCCCUUACCAACUGCCCCUUUCGAGCCUACAAGGGGUUUCAGCGUUCCAGGUCCCUCACUCCAUCCGGGGGAAAACGCCGUCGGCGUAACAACAAGGUUGCCUUCCAGGUGACAGCCUCCUCUUGUGUAAAUAGUGUUAAUAGUUCUUUGACUGUUCCUCGUUCCACGUUUGCGUUCAUUGGUGUUGAUUCCCAGCAGAAGAUUGGACUGCCCCAAAUUUUUCGUGUUUUCAAUGAUUCCUGCCCUUCUGCACCGGUCCCCUCGUUGCAUCAGCCGCUGCUUCCUCCCUAUAAAGUUUCCCCCAUAAGAGUCGACAAAUUACGCCAGGAAGUGCUCACACAUCCAGAUCAGUCUUUUGAAACCUAUGUCUUGGAUGGUCUUCAGAGUGGGUUUCGUGUUGGUUUCAACCCUGCUUCGGUCUCCUUAAAAUCGGCCACACAGAAUAUGCCCUCUGCUAGUCUUCAGCCCUCGGUUAUUGAUGACUACCUUAACACGGAGAUAGCUAAGGGUCGCGUUGCUGGCCCCUUCUCUUCCCCUCCGUUACCUCACCUUCACAUCAGCCGUUUUGGAGUCAUCCCCAAAAAACACCAGCCAGGCAAAUGGCGCUUGAUUCUGGAUCUCUCUAGUCCCGAUGGUCACAGCGUGAAUGACGGCAUUAAAAAAGACCCUUUCACGGUUCAAUAUAUGAAAGUAGACGAUAUUAUUGAUGGGAUCAUGUCGCUUGGUCGGGGCACCUUACUUGCAAAGUUUGAUGUGGAAAGUGCCUAUCGCAUUAUUCCCAUCCACCCUAAUGAUCGUUAUCUUCUCGGCAUGCAGUGGCAAGGCAAUCACUUUGUGGACAUGGCCUUACCUUUUGGUUUGCGUUCAGCGCCUUACAUUUUCUCUUCAGUUGCGGACCUGGUGGAAUGGGUGCUCAAAAAACAGUAUGAUGUGAGCUUUCUCCUUCACUAUCUGGACGAUUUUCACACCCUGGGUCCUCCUAAUUCUCAUACUUGCCAACGGACCUUAGACACCCGUAUCCAGCAAUUUCAGGAUUGGGGGAUUCCCCUUCACCCCGACAAGUUGGAGGUUCCUUCCACUCUCCUGACCGUUCUAGGCAUAGAACUCAACUCUCUCCUAUUGCAGGCGUGCCUCCCGCAAGAAAAAUUUGAUCGUAUCCACAUACUCCUGGUUUCCUGGUCACUUAAACGCCAUUGCACACGGAAGGAGCUGGAGUCUUUAAUUGGCAAUCUCAACAUGCAUGCCAAGUCGUCCCUUCUGGUCGCACCUUCCUCCGCCGCAUGAUCAAUCUGCUCUCAGCCUUUCGCAGAGAUGACCAUCCAAUAAGGCUUAAUAGAGAAUUUCACUUGGAUUUGUCGUGGUGGCUCGAAUUCUUCCAGUCAUGGAAUGGGUACAGUUUUCUGUUGUCUCCUCGUUGGACUCCCAUUCCCGAUCUCCAUGUCUCCUCUGACGCUGCUGGCUCUGUUGGAUACGGGGCUAUUUUAGGUAGAGACUGGUUCGUGGGGAGAUGGUAUCCGUUACAGCUGCCCAUAUCCAUUGCCUACAAAGAACUUUUUCCGAUUGUUCUGGCAGCUUCCCUGUAGGGUCAUCAGUGGUCUGCAAAGCGGGUGGAAUUUUGUUCUGACAAUACAGCUGUGGUCGAGGUUUGCGGUCCGGUACCUCACGAGAUUCGAACUUGAUGGUGCUGCUUCGUCACCUCUCCCUGUUGGCGGCCCGGCACUCCUUUGUGUUUACUGCUCGUCACGUUCCUGGGAAAUCAAAUGCUAUAGCUGACGCCAUUUCUCGUUUUGAAUUUCAGCGGUUCCAUCAGCUAGCUCCUUAUGCAUCUCCUACAGCAACGUUGGUACCUCCUUGGGUCUUGGGCCAGCUGCCUGUAGUUUAGACCAAAAGUGCCAAUUUUAUCUUUCCAACGGUCUGGCCCCGUCAACCCGACGAGUGUAUCGUUCAGCACAACGUCAGUUCAUCGAUUUCUGUACAUUAGAUGGCCAUGUCAGUUCAAAUGGUUCGUUACUGCCCACUAGUGAACAAACCUUGCGCCGUUUUUGUUCCCACCUAGCGGAUCGUUUACAUCACUCUUCAAUAAAGGUUUAUCUCUCGGCGAUACGGUCCUUGCACAUCGAUCAGGGUUUCCCCGAUCCCUUCGUGAACUGCCUCCAACUUAAGCGUCUUCUCCGGGGCAUUAAGCGCCAUCAAGGCUCAUCUCUCCCACAACGCCAGCCAGUGACAGCUGACCUCAUGCGAAUUAUCCAGCGUUCCUUGGAUGCCCACAACUCAGAGCACAUCAUGCUGUGGGCUGCCUGUUGCCUAGGUUUCUUUGGAUUCCUACGGGCAGGGGAGUUUAUGGUCAACUGCGCCUUCGACCCAUCCAUCCAUUUAACCGUUCAGGAUUUACAAGUAGAUGCUGAGGUUCAUCCUUCCAGCCUGCGGGUGCGCAUCAAAAAGUUCUAGAACCGACCCAUUUCGCCAGGGAUGUUUUAUAUACCUUGGACGUGGUCAGGCCCCUCUUUGUCCAAUUUCGGCCAUCCUGACAUACUUACAUCAGCGAGGGCCCUCGUCUGGUCCCCUUUUCAUCGACACCCAUGGUCAGCCUUUUACUCGUUCUCGUCUGUCUUCCUUCAUCCAGUCUGUUACAGGGAGCGGGAAUCCCAGGGCAUUUUUCAGGCCACAGCUUUCGCAUUGGGGCUGCCACCACGGCCGCCCAAUGCGGCAUUCCAGAUCACCUUAUCAAGACCAUGGGCAGGUGGUCCAGUGAUGCAUAUCAACUCUACGUUAGAACCCCAGUGGAAUCAAUUUUGGAAGUUUCUGGGAGGCUACUUCAGUAACAGGUACUUUAUCAAGAGAGGUAGCGUACACCUACGUAUAAGCGCCUUCAGGUUUGGCCGUUAGGGGCUCGGGCGUCUCCUAGCCACAAGCCCCUUCUCCGAGCCUUAGCGCCUUGGCUCGGAGGUCCCUUCGGCUUGGUGUGGGGGGCUCAUGGCUGGGUUGCGCUGUUGUGCCAGUCAUGGGGGCAUUAUUUCAGUCUAGGGGCUGGCUGCCAAUAGUGGAAGCCCCUGGAUACUUCAGGCACCCAACCUCCAUUUUAGCGAUGCAGUUGUUAACACAAAUUUGCCAUAGAGACAGCUCGUUCCUUGGCUAGGAAUUUUUGUUGUUUGUGGUUUUAGUUACUUGGAAAUAGUUUGUAUAUACUAUUUAUUGUAAAAGACUCCAAAUGAAAAACAUGUAUGUAUGUGUGUAUUAUGGGGAAUGAUGGGGACUUCUAAAAUGGUGGAAAGUGCGAGAAGUGAGAGACAUUAUGCUGUUCAUUGUCUCAUAUUUUGCAACAGAAAUAGAACUGAAGGGAGGAAUCGAAGAUAAAAGGGGCGGGAGCCAAGAAUGCAAGCUAUGGGAGGCGGGAGUUUUGGAUCUUCUCUAACCCCCCCCUCCCUCCCCCCCUCCCCCACAUGAUCCUUUUAGCCACAAAGCUAUCAUUUCUUGUUAACAAGGGUUUAAAUUAUGUGAAGUUAAGGCCACCUCCACUUUAUUUACCCUCUUAACCAGCAGCCGUAUUAUAUCAAGCGGCAGCUUUGAGUUUAAUGUUUGCAAGUAGUACUAGCAUGAAAAAAGAGUAUAGUUACCAAUGGAGGGAAAUGCUUUUGUUUUUGUCCACCAGCCUGAAAACCUGCAAUGCAAAACAUAGACUUUCGUAAAGGACUGCAGUAAUCUCCAGCUAUUUCCUACUUUUAAUGAAAAUGGCAAUUUUUCAUCUUGGUUGUGUCUGUUUUUGACUUUUUUUGUCUGUAAACACAGAUGAUCUGUCAUUUUUAAUUUUUUGAAAACAAGUUUUUCCCUCAUUUUCUGGUUAUUCGCUCCGAACUCCCAAUAACUUGAACUCCAGAUAACUGCAACUUUUUUUGAUUUACUUGAAAGUUUGAGUCAUUGAGAGUCAUUUGUACUUUAUUUGAUGAGUGGGUUUAGAAAACGUUAGCCAUAGGCUGAUGUGGACCUACAUUGAGCAGUAUGCAUACAUAACCAUAGCACAGAAAGGGCUAUAAGGAUCUUUGUAAGGGAUCUUGAGAGCUAGAAAACCAUUAUCUAAAUUUGUGGUAUGUUAAGUUAACUCUUGAACAGGGGCACCCAAGGAGAAUAUAGUUCAAAACCACUUAAACAUAGCAUUGUUAAACGUGUUUUAGUAUUUAAACGGUGGAUAUGGGCAUAUUUUUAUCCCCUAUAAAUUUUUCAUCUGUUCGGAUUUCCUAGCUGAAAGUCUAGUGAUCCGAAAAUUAUAGGGAUCAAAACUUACCUGUUCGAAAAUUUCAGCCAGAAAAAAAGCUCCCGAAAAUUCUAGGUGACCUUUUUAGGGUAAAAAUCCGUUGAAAAUGGGCAAUUUUACCAUUUUUUAGAUAUUCGAAAAUCCUAGGAGAGGCAGGAAACCAAGAAAUUUUACAACAAUUGUUCCGAAAAUUUUAGAUCUCAAAUCGUCUUCCGAACAGAUAUUUUUCCGAAAAUUGUCCUUGGGUGCCCCUGUCUUGAACUCUUAAUGCAGACCUCUGACCACUAGUUGUUUCGUGACUGUCGUGAGUGGAACUCAGUGGCCGUAGUUGUACAUUAAGGUUAGCUCCUGCCAGAAGGGGUUUUUAACCAUCCCUUGUUUUUUUUGUUUGUUUCAUUCUUCAGCAGUGGAACAUCCAUGGUCACAUGAUCCCCAAGAACAUGACCUUGAAUCUUUGCAACAACAUCAUCCAGAAAUGAGAGUUGAAAAAUUAACUGUACAUCAUGAUCCAUUUACUGCCAGAAGACAGGUUCAGCCCUGGGAACAAGCUGUAUCUUUGGAGCCAUAUCAUAAUCCAGAAUCUGACAGUGCACAGGUGUCCCAGGAACAACCUGGGUCUUUGCACCAUGCCAUGUCAAGACUAUCUACCAGCCCAACAAAGUAUCCUAUGAGCUUAAAACUAGUGCCUCGUCCUACAGAAACUGUUGAGACCUCAAGGUUUGUACAUCUUUCAGUUUUGUGGCUUGUGAUUAAAACAGCUGUUUUAGUAUUCUGUAUGUGGAAAAAUGAGAGACUGUUCAAAGGAACAAAGUGGUUACCAGAUGCUUUCUUUUAAUGUAGGCUGUACACACCUUCUAUUACUAUAUUCUCCCUCCCCCGCCCCCCGCUUUCUUGGUUUGUAUUACAGUAGUAACUUAUUUUAAGCAGCUAGGACAACACUUAUUAUUUUUAUUAAUUCCUUAUCCCUGUAUGCAUUUUUUGUUUCAAUGAAUGAAAAAAGUUAAGAUUGUUGUUGAUGUGCCUUUCACAUACUAUCAUCGCAGACAACUAAAGCCUGAACAAAGCAUUCAAGGAGAAUUGGAUGCACCAGAUUCUGCAGCAGGGGCCGUGGCUAAUGUUCAGGUAGAUGAGAAGCUGAAACGACGGCUGCAAGAUGAGGGAUGUUUCUUAGAUCCUGAGAAGUAUGAUCCAGUGAAGCGUUUAGGACAUGGAGGAUACGCUAGGGUACAUUUAGGCUUUUUUAUGGAGUAUUUUGUGCAUAAAUUUUGGCAUGCAACAAUAGCCUGAGUAUGGAUCAAAGAAUGAAUUAAAGCUGAUUAGUGACUCUGAUUCACUCAAAAGUAUCAUACUCAUCUUUGUGUUCAAAAUCCUUUUUGCCAAAAAACAACAUGUAGAUGAGAGGAUCCUAUAAUAAUAAAACAUAACCGAAAAAUAUUGCUGUUAAGUCUUGCAAGUUAAAUACCACCCAGAAAGUAACGUGAAAAAAUGAUGCCUGGAGGCUAUAAAAUUUAUGAGGUGCAGAAGUAUUGACGCCCUAACAGUAAAAUCAUUCCCCCACCCCCUCCUUAUCCAACAAAAACUACAACAACGACAACCACAAGCAAAGAGAGACUUUUGUCAUUGCCUUUUUAUUAAUUUAGUAAUUGAUCAGAAGUGAAAAGAAGGAAUUGCAAGUGUCAAAGCUCACAAAAACAAACAAGCUCACAACAACAAAUGCAUGCAACAAUAUGACGGCAAUGCCGAGAUUUGAACAAAAGAAAAUUGGAAAUAAAUCUCAGUGCAUUUUGUCUCUGCUCAGGAGUUUUUUGGUUGUAUUUGUACCAUGUCACAUGCAUGCCGGAAUGUAAUGACUUUAUCUAAAUGCUGGACACAAUUUCAAUUUUCUGUCUAAAGUGAAGAGUUCACUGGACGGAAGUGACAAUUCCCUAUUCAUGAUAUCAUCAUAAUUCCCAUCCGUCCUUAGUGGCACAUAGAGCGAAAAAAAAAUCCCUCCAUCUUUGACUGUGUGCCAGACAAAAUCAUACUGUUUGACUAGUUAUCUUUACAGUUAAAUGGUAAAUUUGCCUAAUGCUCUUUUUUCAUUUGACAGGUUUUUCUUGUAAUUGAAAAGGACACAGGACAGAGGAUGGCUUGUAAAAUGUUUGAUUUGUCGUCAAUUAUGAAUGACACUAAAAAGACUAAAAAGGUAUGACAUUAAAACAAAUCAUGUCACUUCACUUCAUAAGUAUAAUAACACUAGUACUCUUGCCUCUGACGGUUAACUGAGAUUCAUGUCAGUUGCUUUUUAGAUAGAUAAGGGGGGUUCUGGUGCAAAUGUACAUAAUUACGGAAAGCACUAGAUAACAUCCCGAUAACAUCGACCUAAACCAGAUGAGUCAUCGAUAUGUCAGCGGCGUCUUACAAAAUGACUGAAAUGAUCCCGUCGACUUCUGCUCACUUGAUCGAUCGCAGCGAAGAUCAGGAAGAUGUUAUAUUUGAGUAAUAGUUUGAGUUAUAAAACGGUCAAUGUUACAUCUGUAAUAGACUCAGCUGUAUUGUAUUGAACGACGCGGCUUGUGGUCUUCCCAAGGAACGCUGGUUUCGGUCGAUGUUAUUUAGUGUCAACACGUCACGAAAUCCUAUCUAACAUCAUCCUCGGAGACCCAGGGGCAGAUAGUGGGGGCGAGGGAAUAUCUAAACGGGCGGAAAAAUAAGGCACGAAGAAAAGUAAAGAACGGCGAGAAGAGCUAGCUAGUUUUAUAUCCGCAAGUUUGAAGUCAAUUGUGACCAUAGAAAUCUGUCUUAAGGUUUCCAAGUUGCCAAAAUCAUAGAAAUCGGUUAAAUCUUUCCUACCGAAAAACGCGAUUCAAAAACAUAACCAACGCGCAAAUAAAUAGGUUCGGGCCACCUUAAUUUUUAGCACCUAAACAUGCAUGAAAAUAAAAAAGUCACGGCCAGAACCCACCAAAGGACGUAACACAAUCAUCAUUCCUUGAAGGUUCGUGUUUCGUGUUAUUUUAUUUUAUUUAUUUACCUAUAUUUAUACCGUGAUUUUUCCCUUCAGCAGGGCUGAUAUCAACGGGGAUCCUGAUAAAUUAAAAAUUAGAUACAUGAGAAUAUAACCAAACAUGAAAUGGCAGAUACUUGAAAAUGUACUAUACAGCAAAAUUACAGAAUAACAGUCCUCAGCAUCUUCUUGAAUCUUGGCAAAAAUUUGCUCUGCUUUGCUGAGUCUGGGAGCUCGUUAUCGGUCCUUUUAAGGUGGCUCGACUGGAUUUUUUGAGGGGGAUACCUCCCAAGUUUGAGCAUUAACUACGUCGGCAUUUCAAAAUAUUUCGAAAACGCUCUCAUAGAAUUUCUUCAAACUUUGCCAUAAUGGAGGCAAUUAUGGCAGGUACAUACUCCCUUAAGCGAUUUCUUCAAAAAACUCCUGGUACGGAGAAACACAACGAUAAAUGAAAAACGCAAUGGCGUUAUUACGUUGCCAUGGCGACUCCGAUUGCAAUAAAACUCAGAUCAUAAGAAAUUUUGAUCUUUAUAUAAUACAGUUGUGGUAACCUUUUUUCCAUAUCUUUACUCAUGCCGACGUAGUUAAUGCUCAAACUUGGGAGGUAUCAACUCCAAAAAAUCCAGUCGAGCCACCUUAAUGCACUGCUACUUAUAUACGCUGUUCACAGCAAAACUAUUUUUUAUUUUCUUAGCUGGUAAAGUCAUUGAAAACUGAAGUCAACGUCCUCUCUUCUCUCAAACACGAGCACAUCGUGAAGUUUUUUAGAAUGGAGGAAGAGCAAGAGACUGCGAUUCUCCUUCUGGAGUAUAUGGAAGGAGUAAGAAAUAUUUUAUUGUUCAUAAAUUUACGAGACACAAGUAGUAUGUUGGCCGACAAAGAUUAGCAACGCUUGGUGACGUCACGUCAUCAUGUCUGCUGCCUGUUCUGGUAAACGUCUCGUUUCAGUGCAACACAACAGAUCUGUAACGUAAUCCUGAAGUUUAGGGCAGCCCAGUAAACGCCUCUGUCUUGUUAAGAACAUGGAGCACUAGCAAUCUCACCUGCGAGCAUCUAGGAACUCAUCAGAUGCCCAAGCCACUGAGUCGCAUUGCGACUCGCAGUGAUGAGUGGGGUUUCUACUUGUGAAGGUUUGAGGUGGGUGCGUGUCGCCUAGGCCCGCCUCUUUAAGAAGGAUUUUCCAUUUCAUUUCGAUACUGCUGUUGUGAAACUUUCGUAUUUUGGAAAUAUUACCAAGGCUCAAAAUAACGGACAGCAGGUCGCCGGUCAUGAUGACCGGCCAAAUAUUUUUUAGCCCGGACAAACCCCGAUUUUGGCCGGUCAAAUUAAUGAAUAUUAUAAUUACUUUGUUGCCCAUGGAAUAUCGAAUUACGCUGGCAGUACGGCAUUGUCGUUCGAGUUUUUGCCGCCAAGUUGGUGAAAAAUUCAUUCACACGUUGUUGAGUUCCUUUCCGCGAUUUUCGCCCGUUUUAUGUCCGUUUAUAUAUACCUUCAGCAUCAUCGUACUGCGGUGUCGGAAGUCUCCAAGGUUCGUCCUAUAUCUGCAUAUCGGUGAAACUUGAUCCUUUUCGUUGCCCGGCACGUGAUCGAAAGUCUCCUCCACAAAGAAGAAUUUCGUCGCUAAAUAUUUGCGGCAAAGAAGUUGAUUUGGCAAGAAAUUUGUUCCGCAAACAGGGUAUUCGUCAUCAGAAGUCAAUAAAUAUACAGGAGAGCUUUCGUUUGGGUCGUCGCGCAACACUUUAUCGCGAACGGCUUAUCAAGAACGAGGAUUUUAAGCGCCGAUAUAGCAGCGAUAGGCGACGAUGGUUCUCGAUUAGCUUAGUUUUUAUCAGACAAUUAUGGAAUCGAGUUUGCAAAUGAGAUUAUGUUCGACGUAAAGAAAUUUUAUAAUUAAUCGAUGCGCUGAAAUUUAUUCCCAGAGAAACAGUACAGGACGAGCGAUCGAUUAGCCCGAAUCCCGUCGAAGGUGAUUUUCACAAUCCUGUUACAAGUAGAUGUGAAACGUUUGAUGGACAAAAACUGUCACUCAUCCUUUAGUUUUCUAAAAAAUAACAGAUUAUUGUUAGCGAAUGUUUUCCCAAAGAAGGUCGCAUUACUGAUCACAGCAAAGCAGAACGUUUUUUUUAAAGGAUUUAGUGCAAAGCAGCAAAAAAAGCAAAAGAAAGCAGCGAAUUACAGCGUUAUAGAGCAAAACGCAUUAAGCGACAAGCAUCCAAAAAUGACCGGUCAAAAUGACCGGCCAGACGAGAGUUUGACCGGUCAAGCCCACGAUCAGGCCGGACAUUGUCCGUUGACCGGCCGUUAUUUUGAGCCCUGAUUACACCUUGUUAUAGAUAGAGUACCAAAAUAACAACCCGUUUGGCAGAACCAUGGUAUUUUUGAGGAGCACCGCUUGGCACUUGUCCAGGCAUCUAAGCAUUUUCUGGAAGGAAGUUGUGUUUGGAUUUUGUCGCAGGACGUUUCGGGCUAUUUCCUUUCUUUUAUACCAGCUGAAUGCUACAGCUCCUGUUUUAGGGUCAAACGUAAAACCUACCAUCUUUGCUGUUUUAAACGUGCUUUAUUUUCUAGGGAACUCUGAUGGACUGGCUAAAGCAAGGGAAACCUUUGCACGAACCUUUGGUGAAAAAGUUCACUAGACAACUUUUAAGUGCCGUCAACUUUCUUCAUACAAAUGGAACUAGGCAUGUCAUACACAAAGAUAUAAAAGGUUAGUUUUAAAACGCCAUCGCUUGUUCUGUGCUAGUGGGGAGAGUGGAGAUCAGGCUUAUUAAUAUUGUGCCUUUUUUUGAACAUUUAUUUUGAAGUUCCGAAAGUAACGACCCUGACACUUUCGGAGUUAGCAGAAUUAAGGGAUCGCUACGUUCAAAGGUUUGUUUUUUAAAAAAUAUAUUUUAGGGGGUCAAGAACUGCUAACUUUUGAAACAAUCAUCUCUCUUGAAACAAAAUUGUUUACUGACACCUAUAAUUCAAAAAGGUAUUUUUUUUUCUAGUAAAACGUAUUUAAAUUACUGCUGUCCUUGCUGUGAUUAUCGUUUAGUUUUCUAGUUGCAUUUCUCGCCCUUAUUAAUGACUUAAAGUUAAUUUUAACGUCAAAGCUGAAGAGUAAUUGUUUUCACUUAAGCCCCGUGCAAACGGACGCAAUAUUGUUGGAUGUUACAUGUUGCGUCUGUUUACACACCUUGUUGCAUGUUUUUGCGUGUUGUUAAGAAAUGUUGCGCAACGUUUGAAACCGGUCCAACUUUUAGCUACGUGUUAACGGACACAACAACUCCUAACUUUGUUGGCCUAACAAUGUUGGGAGUUGUUAUGUCCGUUUACACGUAGCUUUAGUUUACAUUAAGCUGCUGUUUUCUAUCGUUCAGUCUCUCAUCACGCCGUCGUGGUUGCCAAAACUAACCAGUUUUAUUGGUCUCUCAAGCAUUUAAACCUUUGAACCUUGAAUUAGUGUUCAUUUCUUUGAUAUUUCAGGUGCGAAUAUUUUGCUGGAUAAGCCUCGGACAAACAUAAAACUGGCAGACUUCGGAAUUUGUACGAUUAUGGAGGUGAGCUCUCGGUUUUACCUUUAGGUGCUCCUUUGGUUGAAAAAUGUACGAUUUUUGCGUGUAAGCAACUGCUUCUAAGAUUGGGUUUGAAGUGAUGUUGUUAUCUAAAUAGUACUGACUCUGAAUCAUUCUGCAUAGAAUGCGAUCUUGGCAGUGUUUUGGCAGUAACCGUUGCAAGGAUUUUCACAAAAAUUUGAUUUGAGUAUGUUUUAUGGGCCUACUUUGAAUGUUUUUGAAGUCGUUGGUCUCGUCAUAAGAAGGUAUUUUCUGGCUCGCCUCAAGCGGCUUUCGUCGCAAACCAAAACUCAAGUGAUUUUCUCUUAUCAGCGGUAACGGAUAAUCAAAACAAGUGCAUGAAGCCAGCGUUAGUUUGGAAGGGAGUGUGCAAGCCAAAGUCGCUUUCGUUUUUAGCCUGCGAGCAAGCUCCUCUAUUUGGGCGAGCGAAGCGAGCCGCGCGAGAACGCGUGAGCGUGUCUACUUUUCACAAUAUCCCCGAGAUGGAGAAUUUGCUCGCACGCUAUCGUUUUUGGAUGUUAUUUCGAUUGAUAUAUCGACGAGGUGGCGAUUCAUGAAGUGCAGCGAUACAAAGUCAAAGCAAACGCAAAAUUUCUUUUAACGUUUGCUUGAAAACUGUUCAUGUAUGCAUGACAGGUUAAUUUCUCAGGUAUCAUGUUUUUUUUUUAAAUUUUUUCAGCAACUGAGAACUGCGACUGGCCAAUUGACGUCAAAUAAUGAAGCGUCCUUCCACUGGACAAGCCCGGAGCUUCUUGGUGAAGAGACGUUUGGACGAAAUACGGAUAUAUGGUACUAUUGUUUUACGAAUACAGUCGAACCUUUCCUAACGGCUCCCCAUCCACGACGGUCACUUUUAUGCCCUGGACAUUUAUUUACUUUUGCGUGAGUCUCUCUAUAAUGGCCGCCUGUCCACAACGGCAACAAUCCUCAAAAGUGCGUUCCAGGUACUAAAAUGAACUUCCCACAACGACCGUUUAAAAUCAAACAACAGGCAACAUGAUACACUCACCGCACCCUACUCGCUUGGCGCUGUGUUUGCCGUGAUUGCUGUGUUUGCCACAGGGCGCAGAGGAGUUACUUGUACUGGCCUUGAUUCUACGGUUAAAUUUUACAGUUGAUAGCGCGAUUCGCCUUUGUUUACUGUAGAAUCGAAUAUGAAUUUUACCUUUCAAACCGUCAUGCGAUAGUAAGUGCAAAUUGUAAAUAUCUUAUUAUCCACUCCCCUCAGGGCUUUUCAGGGAUAAUUUACAACACUGGUUGGGGGACUUUGCAAGACUGCUUAAGGUGCAGUUUACAAGUAAUGAAGAAAAGAGUAAUGAUGCCCCCAUACAUGAGUGGGAAAGUGGGAUAGAUCACUACACCUGGCAUUACGUGCCCUACUCUUUACGAAGAGUGUGUGGGUUUUUUAACGUCCUACGGAUUUAUUACAUGUGCUGGGCUUGUGAGUCGGGGCCUUAUAAUAAUAAUAUAAUAACAAUGGAAUUUAUAUAUACAUCGCUGUUCUAAGCGCUUUACAAUGUAAAAAGGACAUAAGAAUCACAAGCUUACAUAUAACACUACUGUACAUAUUGGGAAAUUUAUAGCAUACACAUCUUAAAAAGGAAAGAAAACAAAAACAAAUAUGAUGAAAGUAAAUGUCAUAUUUACCAUUAAAUGUCAUCUCGGUUUAUCGUCCUUAUCCGAGAAGACUAGAAAGUCUAACCGUUUGAUGAUGUUAUUACAAAUGCAGCACCUUCUCCUCAGUUAUUUAAGGUGGCUCCGUAAUUUAUACUAGAGCAUUUUGCUGUGACAAAUUUUCCGUCAUAACUUUUUGGUUUUUAACGGGAUGGCUGCGAUACUUUGCAAACAGAAACAGAUAUCAUUCGGCAAUAAUACGAAAUAUUCCGAUUUCAUUGAUGGUAAAUAUUUCUUGAGAAAUUAGCGCUUAAAAGGACCCUACUGUUCAAAGAAAAUCGCGUCUAGUAAAAAAUUUUGCUGAUAUUUUUUACUGAAAUUUCUGGUAUCGGCUUUCUUUGAUAUAAUAAAUAUGCCAGAGGAUUUUCAGAAAAAUCGUUGGAGCAGAAGUCCGUAACUAAAAGUCGCUCACAAUUCAGCUGUGAAAUUGUUUUGGAAUUUCAAAAAUAAAUUACUAUCAGGGAGAAGGAGCCACCAGUUUGAAUUUUCGGGACAAGUAAAUUCAACGUUUGCUAAUUCUUAAAACAAAAGCCGAUUGCCUAUCGCGCUAUUCUUUAAAAGGUACUUUUUAGUUUUAGAAGCACUAUAAAUUGCUCCAAACCUUGCUCUGAAGUAGAAUGACUUGUUCUUCGACAGUUUUAAAAUAUCCCUUGACAGUUUUGGCUCAAACUCCUGCUGCAUACAUUUUGAUGUAUUGCAAUGCAUUUUCAACGACUUUUACUGCUGUUCGUUGCUUCCAGCUCAGGAAAAAAGUAUUGAGAUUGGACGCUACCUUGUAUCAGAGCUCAGAUAGAACUCUCCAGCACCUUUGUUUAUGACUAAAAAAUGAGCACGAGCGGCAGUUCUGCGAGGAAUUCGCACCUCACCCAGGGGGGACGAACGACAAUGAUGACCAUGCCUGUGAACCGAAUAACAUCACAGUGCAAAAUAAAAUUAUCGCAAAAAUACUGCCCGUGAAUAAAUUUACAACUCUGAAAUUUUUGUCACUCCUUCCUUCAAUGAAUGGGUAUUUUUUUCUUGAUUAUUAUGUUUUGCUCUGCAAUACAUGUUUAUACAGAUCGGUUCACAGACAUGGGCAUCAUUGUCAUUCGUCCCCCCUGGCUGAGGUGCGAAUUCCUCGCAGGGCUGCCGCUCGUGCUCAUUUUCUGGUCAUAAACAAAGGUGCUGGACAGUUCUAUCUGGGCUUCGAUACAAGGUAGCUUACAAUCCCAAUACCUUUUUCCUGAAUUGGAAACAACGUACAGCAGGAAAAACCGUUGAGGAUGCAUUGCAAUACAUCAAAAUGUAUGUAGCAGGAGUUUGAACCAAGACUGCCAAGGGAUAUUUUAAAAAUGUCGAAGAACAAGUCAUUCUACUUCAGAGCAAGGUUUGGAGCAAUUUAUAGUGCUUCUAAAACUGAAAAGUACCUUUUAAAGAAUAGCACGAUAGGCAAUCGGCUUCUGUUUUCAGAAUUAGCAAUCACUGAAUUUACUUGUCCCGAAAAUUCAAACUGGUGUCUCCUUCUUCCUGAUAGUAAUUUAUUUUUGAAAUUCCAAAACAAUUUCACAGCUGAAUUGUGAGCGACUUUUAGUUACGGACUUCUGUUCCAACGAUUUUUCUGAAAUUCCUCUGGCAUAUUUAUUAUAUCAAUUAAAGUCGAUGCCAGAAAUUUCAGUAAAAAAUAUCAGCAAAAUUUUUUACUAGACGCGAUUUUCUUUGAACAGUAGGGUCCUUUUAAGCACUAAUUUCUCAAGAAAUAUUUACCAUCAAUGAAAUCGGAAUAUUUCGUUUUAUUGCGGAAUGAUAUCUGUUGUUUUUUGUAAAGUUUCGCAGCCAUCGCGUUAAAAUCGAAAAAGUUAUGACGGAAAAUUUGUCACAGCUAAAUGCUCUUGUAUCAAUUACGGAGCCACCUUAAAGACCCUGAGUGUUGGUCUGGCCGGGGUUUGAACCUAUGGCCGGCCGCUCAGCAGACCGGGGCUAAUCCCAUUGAGCUAACCGGGCGGCGGUAUAGUGUUAGUAACCUGGUAAAACAUUAUCCAAUUCUUAGCCUGUUCCAAUUUUUUUUUUCUUCGUGAAUUUUUCUCCCACGCUCUACUAUUUGAGCGCCUAGAACAGGCUAUCCAGUGCUCGGUUAGCCUACCACGAAAACGUUCUUAGGGGUUCGUCACUCGUUCCCAAGCAGGAACGCGUGACGUACCUCUAAGAAUGUCUGUGUGGGAGGCUAAUGCUCGGUGGGAACGAACGUCGCCCGAAGAGAGACGUAUUUGGAAAACGAAGCGUUUCGAGCGAGGCACGAAGUGCCGAGAAGAAAUAUUUUAUAUCUUAGCUGCUGUUGUUCGUCCACAGUCAUUACCUUCAUCGGUUUUCUGGAGCAUAAAAUAAUAUUUUACCAGGUUUCUAACACGAUCGCAUGAUGGUUUGCUCGAUUCUAUGGUAUAAAAACAAAGGCGAUGCGCGGUAUCAAAUGUAAAUUUAACUACAAUCAACAAUCAAGGUCAGAAAUAACUCCGCGUAGAAUUUUCAUCGGAGUGUUAAAAUAUACAUCCUAUACCAACGUCUUUUACAAUAUGUGCACUCAGUUGCACUGUCUGGAAUUUUUUCCGAAGUGUUCCUCUAACAAAGUGGCGUUUCAUUUUUUUGUACAAUUCUUAUUUUGCUUUUAGGAGUGUUGGUUGCACAGUCAUAGAGAUGCUAACAACCAAACCGCCUUUAUUUUUUGAAAACUUGACAUUGGAUCAAAAGAGGUUCCGGAUAGUACAUUGCCAAGUUGAUCCACCUGAGAACUGUAGCCCAGGGGCUAGUGAAUUUCUACAGCGGUGCCUUCGGUAAGAUUGAUUCUCUAUAAUAAAAAAGUUAACAAUUGAGUUAUAUCUGAUAGGUUAAACGACUUAUUGACGGACUUAAGCAAAACUAACUACGAGAGAAUGACUGGACAACCAACAAUUUGACUAACGUUCAAAACCUUAUUAAAAUUUUAAUGUUUAAUGAAGGUCUUUAUAUCUGAUAAAGACACGGCUAAACUUUACGUCCAAUUUUUAGACCAAAAUAACCCCAAAUCUAAAUAUUAGUGCAAGAAUGAGUUGAUCUAUAUCAGAGAUUUUAAAGCCGUUCGAAAAAAACUCUGAGUCGUGUAUUAUCAGGUUUAAAAACUCGAGGCGAAUCCUCGAGUUUUUAAACCUGAUAAUACACUCCUGUUCGUUUUUUAAACAGUACAUAAACGACUGUUUAACUGUGACAGUAGACGGAUCGAAACGUACCAAUGACAUUACGAGUCUUCAUAGCCAAUGAACAUCUCGGAUUAACUGACAGGCGACCAAUAACAUUGCAACUUAAUUGACCAAUCAGGUCAAUAACCAGAAUUUAGUACCAUCACUUUGAAUCUGAAGAUGAUUGCUUCACAGGUAAAAAUACCAUAAUACUCUUUGUUGUCCCUCCAAAAUUUUGCAUAAGUAUUGUUUUCAAUUUCUCUUGGGACUUACAAUCGCCCCAAGAAAAAUUGAAAACAAAGGUUAUGCAAAAUUUGGGAGGGACAACAAAGAGUAUUAUGGUAUUUUUACCUGUGAAGUAAUCAUCUUCAGAUUCAAAGUGAUGGCACUAAAUUCUGGUUAUUGACCUGAUAGGUCAAUUAAGUUGCGAUGUUGUUGGUCGCCUGUCAGUUAAUCCGAGAUGUUUAUUGGCUAUGAAGACUCGUAAUGUCAUUGGUACGUUUCGAUCCGUCUACUGUCACAGUUAAACAGUCGUCGGCUUGAUGUGUUGUCUCUUGUUUUUAAGACCCAGAUCAGAGCGACCAUCUGCUGCUGAACUCUUGACAGAUCCUUUUGUGGUCGAUCAACAACAGUAAUGCCAGUGUGAUCGAGAUGCCUGUUGCUUAGUGCUGUGCACGAGGGAGACAGGGGUCACUCUUACGCCCCGUUUACAGGGGACUUGCUUUUUAUUAAAGAUUUGUAUAUGGUUAUGGUGGAGAGAUUUAGAAUCACGCUUACGGCAAACGUAAAUUUGUACCACCUCACUAUGGCUGGUUACCAAGGUUCCCUUUGUUGUACUUGUCUUUUACCGUUCUCUACUUUUACAAAAAAAAAUUAUUACUUUCACAUUAUCUUCAUCCAUAAGAAUUGUUUUGGACUGUU